GGGUUGUGGUGUCCUGUUGACAGGCAGGCUCUCUCUCCCGGACCUGGCAUUCCGACCGAGCAUGGCUUUUUUGCGCCAGAGUUCCGGGGUCAGCAAGAAGAAGGUGGAGUGUUUCUACGAUGUCGUGUCCCCCUAUUCCUGGCUUGGCUUUGAGAUUAUUUGCAGGUAUCGUUCCAUCUGGAAUCUAGAUCUGCAUUUGCGGCCAGUUUUCCUUUCAGGGAUAAUGAACGCCACUGGGAACCAGCCUCCAGCAAUGCUUCCCAAGAGAGGAGAGUAUUUGCAAAAGGAUGUCAGUCAAAUGGGAAAGUAUUGCCAAGUGCCAAUAAAUUUACCAAAGGAUUUUGUAAACGCUAUGAUAGUGAAAGGAAGUCUGCCUGCCAUGCGUUUCAUCACUGCUGUAGAUAUAGCAGAACCUCAGUUUCUGGAGUCUGUUUCUAGAGAACUCUGGAUGCGCAUUUGGUCCAGGGAUGAAGACAUAGUUCAGCCAGAAAGUAUAUUAGCAGCAUUUGGAGUGCCAUGUUUUGUUAUCCAGACUGAUGGAAAACCCCAGCUUUUCUUUGGUUCGGAUCGCGUAGAACUACUGGGAAAUGUUUUGGGGGAGAAGUGGCUGGGCCCCGUUCCCACAUCGUCUAAGCUCUAGUUCUCAGGAGCAGUGAGAAAGGCAACCUGCUAAAAUGAUAAACCUCCCGUCCUUCCUACUUCUACAAGAUGACUGGCAUUGGAACUGGCUUAAUAUAAAAGAUCAUAGUGAUUGUCUUCAAAUAUCAUGCAAGUGUCAAGACUGAAGCUCUCAGAGCAGGGAGCUGUUAUAUACCCCUUCUUGCAACCACUGAGUACCAGGAUCUAGAUGGCUCCUAAAGUAACGAAUUGUCAUGGAAAGGUCCAGGAAUUCAGUUCCUGGUAGAAUAACAUCUGGUUACCUGCGAUUGAUGAUUCCCCCAAAAGAUGAAACUGGUCACCUGGUAGUCAGGGUAACUGACAAUUUCCAUGCAUUAGGAGUCUUCAGUAUUCAGGAUGCUUGUCUGCAAGAAUUGUUUUCUCUGUCUUUCACCUCCUAACUCAGCCACCACAGCAAUGAGCUAUAAAAAGUCUAGUUGAGAAAAGCACCUGUCUGUAAAAACAUUGAUGGGUUACUUUUCACCAUCAUUUAUAUAAUACUGCAUUUUACAUCCUCUCCUUGUUUAGCAGCAGCAUUAUUCCAGCAACUUUGUCAUUAAGGGAAAUAGUUUCUAAAUAGGUGUAUGUGAAAGAGAGAGAUGCUGUGAAAAUUACUGAUUGCUGCCUUCUCAUUCAGAUGAGGUUUCAUGCAACUACGGUAGUAUUUCUCUCUCUCCAGCUUGCAUUGUUCUUGGGCAUGAGAAAUUUGCUCAUGUAUGUAUGUGCAUUUGGUCAGAAAAUGAAUUUUUAUUAUCAGUUAUUACUGUUUUAUUUGCAAAUGGCCACUAACCAAGGUAGUUGCUAACUGAGGAGAGAUUGAAUAUCCCACCUUUUAUCUAUGAGCACUGAUUGACUCAUGAUGUUCCCUACUUGUUUUCUGUGUUUCGGUGAAGGAAUCAGAGGUUGUCAUCAAACUGGAAGAGAAACACUGCACUCGAAACACCUAUUAAUUUGAAUGUGUUAUGAUGUAUGUCAGUGGUGUGUUAUACAUGUUUAUGAGUACUAAUAUAACCAUUAUAUGAUCAUUUGAUUUGAAAGGCCAAUUGUGAGGGAGGGAAUGUCAAUUUUAAGACAAAUUCCAGUACUCAUACUGAUUUAUUUCAUUUAUGUGUUAUUGUCAUUCAAUAAAUGAUAUAAAUGAUGUCCUUUACAUAAA